UCAAGUGGCAGGAGCAGGAGCAGGAGCAGGAGUAGUGCCAUUUGCAAGUCCUUAAAUGCCUUUGCAGCUCGUCAUUGUCGUUGGCAUUGUGGCUGCACUUGCUGCCCCCCUUCGGGGCGCCCCAGCCAGUGCCGCCGGCUUUAAGCCAGCCAGCCAGCCCCCUUUUGGCCAUGUUCCGUGUCGCUGGCAUUGUCAAUGCUUUCGACUUCCUUCCGCUGUGGCCAACAAAUUCGAGCCGCGCAUGCAGGCCGCGCAAACAUAAUCAUCAUUAUUGCAGCAAUCAGCAUAUUUGGCAGGCUUAAAGGCAGCCGCUGUCCUGCGGGAAAAACACGGAAGCAUUGUGCAUUUUCCCCGCUCAUACGAACAUAUAUCGUGCCCCCGGUGUUCCGCAGUGUACCCCUUUUGCUCUGCGUUAAGUUGUGUGGUUAUGCUUAAUAUGCGUCAUUAAAAUGGUUGUUGUUUUUACCGCACCGCAGCGGCUAAACUGCAAAAAAAAUAUGGUACCAAAAGAAAAGGACUGCAAAAGGGGAGCUAAAAUAUUAUAUAUAUAUAUAUAAAUAUUCUUGGAGAUCAGUGUCUUGAAUAACUUAGCCAUAUGCUAUCAUCAGAAAGUUACUUGGUCACCGGAAGAAGGAUAUACUUAUGGAGUGACAUAUACACAAAAAUUUCAGUUGCAGUGUAUCAGCCGGGGGUCGAAUGCAAGUGCGUGGGCAGGCCUUAGGCCCAUCACCUGAACUCACCUAAAAAACACAGCCAGCCAACACACGUGCAUUAUGCAAAUAUCAAAUAUAUUGCCCAGUGCAUGCGAUAAGAAUCCAUUGCGCAAAAAUUAAUUAGUCAAUUUGCAUGAAAUUUAUGUACAAAGCGCGAACAAACGAAACCAAAACGAGCCAACAGGCGGCAUUUCAAGGAGUUGGAGUGUGGAUUUGGGGAUAAACAUAUAUCUGACUCGAAUCGGUUGAAGUCUUGCCACAGGCCACACUGUGCAACAAACAUUUUUGAAUGGUUUCAUAUUAUAAAUUUAAAAGCAAGCAAGAAAAAGUAGCAUUCGCAAUAUUGUACUCAUAUUUUUGAUACUAGAUUCGUGUCUAUCGUAAUAAGCAACACUUAUUAAACAGGAAUCGUAAUCGCAAGUUAUUCUUUAGCAGUCUUUACCUGAAUAGUGUUCUUUUGUACUUCUCACAUAGAGUAGUAGCUUUUAAAAUAUUGUACUUGCUAGUCUCGAUUCAUAUAUAUCGUAUUAACUAAAACUUAUUAAUCGGGAAUCGGUUUCGGAAGUAUUUUUAUGGUCACAUCACAGUCGCUUUUGUGUGAAUAGUGUUCCUUUUUUUGCGAAGACUAGCUUUUCCAGUAUUGCUACCCUCGACUCGUGUUUAUCGAUAAACCAACACUGAUUAACCAACACUGAAAACCAACACACUAAACAAUUAUUUUGUGCAGUCAUUUUCAGUCGUCCUCACCUGAAUAAUUGUUGAAGUGCUCUGUUUUGAUUUUGAAAUGGUACAUUACCGCACACAUGAACCUAGUGGUUCGCCACCGAUGCCCCUUCUCCGCCAGAUCGGGCACACGUCGGGUCACUGUAAUGUGCGCUGCGACGGCUGCGGCAACAGCAGGAUGACCUUCUAUCGCUACAAGUGCCUGCGCUGCCUGGACUACGACCUUUGCUCCGUCUGCAAGGAAAAUGGGGUCUCGAACGGGUUGCACCUUCUGGAGCACCCGCUCCAGUGCCUAAUGGAUCGUGAUGCCCUUGAGCUGCAUUUCGCCGGCGAGCCGAUUCCGAUUUUGUGCGCCGACAGCUUCACGUGCCCUGUGUGCGGCGAAAUGGGGUUUUCCGUGGAGGAUCUGAAGACGCACUGCCAAGAGAACCAUAUCAUGGCGCACACAGUCGUUAUUUGCCCGGUCUGCGCGGCGGUCCCAUUGUCGCAACCGAGACAUAUCGAUCACAUUACCAAUCACUUGAUGUUCUCGCCAUCGCAUUGAUCUGCAGUCGAUCCCUUGAUGAUCUCUCCAUAGCACCGCUCUCCAGUCGAUCCCUUCGCCGAUUCCGAAGAUUGGGAUUAGCCAUAAAUCCUUCGCAUCAGGAUGACCAAGAAGCACUCCACAACAUUAGGCGUUUGCAGAUUUUACAACACACCAAAAACCACACAAAAACAAAAAAACAAGCAUUUGUACCGCUAAGGAAUUCGCAUGCGGAAUCAAAUGGUUCCUUUAUUCGUUUGAUAAGGAAUGACAAAUGUUAAAAAAACUAAAAAAAACACACAAAAAAACACAAAACUCACAAAAAAAAAAACAAAAGGCCGAGCACUUGCAUCGCCACGCAAUUUGC